CAGUGGCUCGAGAAAAAGUCCGGCGUGAUUCGGCAGAAGAUGAUGGGCAAGCGCGUGAACUACGCGGCGCGCACGAUCAUCGCGCCCGACUGCAUGCUCGACACGAAUGAAGUCGGCGUGCCCGCGGAGUUCGCGCGCAAGCUGACGAUCCCGAUGCCCGUCAACCAGUACAACCUCGCGCGCGCGGAGCAGUUGGUGCGCAACGGCGCGGAACGCUACCCCGGCUGCGCGGGCUACCAAGACCUGCAGGGCCGCAGAGUUGACUUCAGCCAGGUCGCGCGGUUCGCGCAGGGACUCAGCAGCAAGAACCACGUACUGUUCCGGCACGUCGUGGACGGCGACGUGGUGCUGAUGAACCGGCAGCCCUCGCUGCACCGGCCGUCGAUCCUGGCGCACUACGUGCGCGUGCUGGGCAGCGAGCGCGCGUUCCGGCUGCACUACGCGAAUUGCAGCUCGUACAACGCUGACUUCGACGGCGACGAAAUGAAUCUGCACUGUUUGCAGGACUGCCUCGCGCAGAGCGAGGCGCGCGAGCUGCUCAACGCAGAUUGCCACUACGCCGUCCCGAAGAACGGCGAGCCGCUACGCGGGCUCAUCCAGGACCACGUGGUCGCCGGCAAUCUGCUGACGGUGCGCGAUACAUUUUGA